AUGGCGACUGAUUCUGAUGUGUCUAUAUCACAAAUUGAUACACAAUUUGACAGAUUAAGUGUUGCUUCUGAAGAAAGCAGUGUUCGGUGUUCCAUGGACCAUGAAAACAACCAAGCUGAUGAGGAAUUUAUUAGUGAAUGGGGAUUUCGUUUAAAAGAUCUUUACAGACUUGCCUUGAGGUUUAACAAAGAGAAAGAAGGUAAGGCUUUAAGUUUAUCCUACCAGGAUAAGUUAAGGUUUGUCUCUCUGGCUAAGCAAGUGAGUGUUGGGAAAUUUAAUCCUGACACUUCAUCUCCGUUAGGGGUCUUGGAUGUAAUUGGAAGAGACAGGAGGCUCGCUUGGCAGUCGUUGGGAGAUAUGAGUACUGAAGAUGCAAUGAUUAAUUUUGUGGAAUUAUUAGACAGCCGUUGUAAUCUAUUCAGACCUUUCGUGCAGGCACAUAAAGCAGAUCUUGAAAAUCGUAGAAAGCUUCAUGAAGAAGAGGAAGCUAAAAUACGCGAAGAAGAAGAAAGAAGAAGAGUUGAGGAAACUAUGAAAAUGAGAGACGUUGAAGAAAGACAAAGGCUAGAAGAACAUAAGAGACAAAUUCAAGAAGCUUUAAAUCAACAAACGUAUGGACAGUUUAAAGCUUAUGUGGAGCAACAUUUUCCUGAUGAUCCUGUCCUGCAAGAAAAACUUUUAAAACAACUUCAAGAAGAACAUUACAAUCAAUAUAUGGAGCAGUUAGCGGCUGAAAGGAAGGUUGAAGAUGCAGCGUUGCAAACUCCCCCAGUCGUAUCUAAUGGAACUAUAGUUCACACCCAAGAUACCUAUAUAGGGGACGAACAACCAUUACUUUCUUACCCAGAUUCUCAGCAUUAUCAAUCUGACAAUGACGGGAGCAUUCCAACUGUUAUAUCAACGGCUUCGAUGUGGACACGAAAAGAUGUCAAAGAAUUUAAGGAAUCCAUCCGAAAGGAAGGAGGCGACUCCAUUAUCCGUGUUGGUCAUGGCGAGACUGUGACAGUGCGAGUGCCAACGAAUGAUGAAGGGACAUGCUUAUUUUGGGAAUUUGCCACAGAUCAUUAUGACAUCGGUUUUGGUAUAUAUUUUGAAUGGACCAAAUCGCCUACAAAUCAAGUGUCUGUUCACGUAUCAGAGAGUGAAGAUGAAGAGGACUACAACAACGAUGAUGACGAUGACGAUGAAGAUGAUGAUGAGCUGGCCGCAAGAUACAGAGGAGACGUGGAAAGAGGAGGCCCGGGGCCCGACCCAAACAGACCUGCCUUGUCCGUCAUCAUUCCUGUCUACAGGCGGGACUGCCAGGACAGGGUCUUCGCGGGGUCGCACGCCUAUCCCGGCACUGGCGUCUAUUUGCUGAAGUUCGACAAUUCCUAUUCGCUCUGGAGGUCGAAAACAUUAUAUUAUAGGGUAUAUUAUACUCGGUAA